AGGCAUUAUUGUAGACAGCCCGUUCGCAGAAGGACCCCAAACAAACAGCAGUGCAGGAAGAGAAGAGCAUCAGCUGAGAAACAGCAGCGAGUUUUCCUGAUAAAGAAGAUGAACAGUCUUUCUCCAGAAGUGGCACUGAGCCGGAUCUCUCCUGAGCUGCGGCCUUUACUCUGCAGUGUUGUUCGCAAUGGCCGUGUUGGGUUGGACUCCACCAACUGCCUGAGGAUAACUGAUCUUAAGACUGGUUGCACAUCACUGACGCCAGGACCCUGCUGUGACCGAUUUAAACUGCACAUCCCGUACGCUGGAGAAACUCUCAAAUGGGACAUCAUCUUUAAUGCCAGAGACCCAGAGCUGCCUCCUGACUUCAUUUUCGGGGAGGAUGCGGAGUUCCUGCCAGAGCCGUCUGAGCUGCCGCACCUGGUGGCCUGGGAUGCUGGAGACCCUGACUGCCUCCUGCAGCUGGUGAAGGAGCUCCUGCAGCAGUACCACCAGUACCAGUGCCAGAGGCUGAGGGACAGCUCACGCCUGCUGUUUGAGUAUGACAGCCUGCUGGAGGACCCCAACUACGGCCGCAGCAUGGAAAUCUACGCCGGACGCAAGAACAGCUGGACAGGGGAGUUCUCGGCUCGCUUCCUGCUCAAACUCCCUGUGGACUUCAGCAACAUUCCCAUCUAUCUGCUCAAGGAUACAGCUCUGGACCCUGGAGAAGAUGUGGCUCUGCUGUCCGUUAGCUUUGAGGAUGCUGAAGCAACUCAGGUCUUCCCCAAACUCUUCUUAUCGCCAAGUAUAGAACACGCCCUUGGAGGGCCCUCAGCCUUGCAUAUUCCAGCCUUUCCGAGUGGAGGCUGCCUCAUUGACUACGUGCCGCAAGUGUGCCAGUUACUCACAAAUAAGGUGCAGUAUGUUAUUCAAGGCUACCACAAGAGGAGAGAAUACAUUGCUGCCUUUCUCAGCCAUUUUGGAAUGGGGGUUGUUGAAUAUGAUGCUGUAGGCUUUACUAAGCUCACUCUUCUGCUCAUGUGGAAAGACUUCUGUUUCCUGGUUCAUGUGGACCUGCCUCUGUACUUUCCCCGAGACCAGCCCACACUGACCUUCCAGUCCAUCUACCAUUUUACCAGCAGUGGACAGCUUUACUCCCAGGUUCAGAAGUCCUACCCCUACAGCCCACGCUGGGACGGCAAUGAGAUGGCCAAGAGAGCCAAAGCCUACUUCAAGAGUUUUAUCCCUCAGUUUCAGGAGGGAGCCUUUGCCAAUGGAAAACUAUGAAAUUGAACAAAACAGCGGAAAUGACUGCAACGAAAACAAAUAGCUGCUCAAACCAGUGCUGAAGAGAUGACCGUGAACGAGGACACACAAUGAAGAGAAUGUAAUUUACUGUCCUUCAUGUUCGAGUUACCACCACGGCCGCUCUAUUUACUGUUCAGCACUGCAGAGUCUAAACGGAGCUCUGUUUACUAAACAGACUCAGGUGAACUAUUGGGAAACUGCGGUGUCACUAAUGUACUGUUCCUUAUUACUCCAACAACUCGGUGGUAGAAGCUUCUGUUUUUCUUUUAUGUUCAAGUGUGUGUAAAAAAAAAAAGUGUUUAAAUGUAAUUUUUUUUUUAUUAGCAUCUCUCAAUGUUUUUGCACCAUGUCUGUUCUCCUCGUUUGAGAGAGAUAGAAUAAAUACAUUUCCCUCUCUUA